GCGAGGGGAGCAGGGGCUGCGGGGCGGCGGCGGGGCCCAGGUUCGCCAUGAAGCUGACGCGAAAGAUGGUCCUGUCCCGGGCUAAGGCUUCGGAGCUGCGCAGCGUGCGGAAGCUCAACUGCUGGGGCAGCCAUCUCACAGAUAUUUCCAUAUGCCGGGAAAUGCCCAGCCUGGAGGUGGUCACCCUCAGCGUCAAUGGCGUCUCCACCCUGGAGCCCAUGAGCCGCUGCCAGCACCUAAGCGAGCUGUACCUGAGGAGGAACUGCAUCCCCAGCCUGGCUGAGCUGUUCUACCUGAAGGACCUGCCUCACCUGCGCGUGCUAUGGCUGGCCGAGAACCCGUGCUGUGGUGCCAACCCCCACCACUACCGCAUGACUGUGCUGCGCAACCUGCCCAGCCUCCAGAAGCUGGACAACCAAGCUGUGACCGAGGAGGAGCUGUCCCACGCCUUGAUGGAGGGAGAUGAUAUCACUGCUGCCCCGGGCAGUGAGGACAGCAGCAGCCCCAAGCCAUCUUAUGCGCUGAGCUGCGCCAGCUCCACCGCAGACACCGGCCGGGACCCGCUGAGCUGCAGUGAGGAGGAGGCAGACAGCAUCCAGAGCCAGAUGGUCCUGAAGGCCCCUUCCCGGGACCGGUUUCCUUCCUUCUCUCAGAGGGACGCUCCCAGCAGCUGCAAGAACAAAGUGACCUCAUGGAGCCGGCUCAGCAGUUUGUACAUGCACUUGCAGAACAUCCUGACUGCCAUCCUGCUGCUGCUGAAGGAGCUGGACACUGAGGGGCUGGAGGUUGUGCAUCAGACUGUGGGCAGCCGGCUGCAGGCCCUGCACAAGCAGGAGCUACAGGAGGAGGCGGAGUGACUGCCAGUGGCCUGGAGCCACCAGGCUAUCCACACAGACCCAGCGUUUUUCCCCUGCUAUGGCCCCAGCCUCCACCUACACUUUCAGCAUUGUCCUUUGGAAGCCUCAGCCCCAUCCAGGAGAGGCUCCCCCUCGGUUUACCACACUGGCCAAGGGCAGGAGGGGCGUCGGACACUGGCUGGUCAGCCUGGCUCAUGUGUCUGCGGCUUAGAAGGAGCCUCAGCCACACCAGGACUGGCUGGGAACUCUCCUGUGAUUGGCAGGGUCUGGGCUCAACUUGGUUCUUAAAGUGGGGCUUUGCGGGCUGUCCUCCCUAAUAAAGUAUUUUUCCAAGCCCUGGAAG